AUGUUUAGUCGUCUCGCCCGGCCAAGCGCUCUGCGCGCGGCUUCUUUCCAGACACCUACCUCUCUCCUCCGAUCCCAGACCCGUGCCCUGCACCGCAUCCCCCAAUUGCAGCAUGAGAACGUCUACAAGGAGAGUGGUGUACCUGAAUUCAUGUCGCCUGAGGCAUACGAUUUCGCCUGGACCCAAUACCAGACCCUCCUCGUCGAUAAGCUCAACCUGUUGACACAAGACACCGUUGAUGCCGACGCUAAGCCUGGAGAGUUGCUGGUCAAGUACUCCAAGCGCCCGGAGAUGGCCUCGGUCUUCAACUACGCCUCCAUGGCCCAUAACAACCACUUCUUCUUCAACUGCCUCUCCCCCGCCUCCACCCAGAUCCCCGAAAAGUUCGCCAAGGACAUCGUCGACACCUGCUCCUCCGUCGAAUCCCUCAAGCUCGACUUCCUCGCAACCGCCAGCUCCAUGUUCGGCCCGGGCUUCGUCUGGCUCGCCAAGAACCUCGAGCGCGAGGGCCUCAUGCAGAUCUUCUGCACCUACAACGCCGGUUCCCCCUACCCAGCCGCCUACUCCCGUCGUCAACCCGUCGACAUGGCUACCCACUCCCCCGAUGCGCCUCUCGGCAACCAGUUCGCCGGAUCCAUGGGCGCCCACGCGCAGAACCAGAAGAACUUGGCCCCCGGUGCCAUUGACGUACAGCCCAUUCUGUGUGUCAACACCUGGGAGCACGCGUGGAUGAUGGACUACGGUAUCGCGGGUAAGGACGAGUACCUGGAGCGUUGGUGGGAUCGGAUUAACUGGGACGUUGUGUUUGAUAACUACAAUGCUGUUUCUUCGGUGAAGGGGCCGCGUGCCUCGACUACUCGGGGCCGGGGUUUGAGCAUGCUUUGA